UGUGCCUACAUCUUUUCCUACGAUUGAAAACAAUAAUAUUAGCAUUUUUGCUUGCGUCCACCUUCAACGAAAUACUCUCAGAUAAAGUCCGCUCCGCACCGUUUGUGUGCGAUUGGGAUUAUUUCUGUUUCUUUAUUUUGCACGGUCUUUCGUGGCAACAAACUGAUAGCAAAACGAAAACAUCAAGGUUAAGUCAGUCUCUCGCAUCAUCUGUCGCCGGUAAAGUCGCCUUUCUAUUCGGGGUACGAAAAAGUUCUUACGGAGCGGUAUUUGUCACCAGACCUAUAAUUAGUCGAAAAUAUCCAGCUGUUCGGAAAAGUUUCUUUCAGAGAAGUUGUAAAAUGCUGCGAAUAUUAGGAAUGAAAAGUUUUCAUCAUUUUGAUAUUACUGCCAGACGCAUAAGGACGAUUCGUACCGUAAUUCCAUAUUCGAAGGAUAACUUCCAAAUCAAACGAGGCUCAUACGCAACUGUAGGAGAUGCAGACAUCAAACACUUUGAAAAUAUACUGCCAAACGGAAAUCAAAUUUUACUGGGAUUAGAUGAAACAGCCGGCUACAAUCGAGACUACUUCAAUUACGUACUAGGAUUGGGCGAAGUGGUUCUGAGACCGCGAACUACCGCCCAGGUGAGUGCCAUUUUGCAGCACUGCAACCGUCGCAAAUUGGCUGUUUCGGUGUACGGUGGCAAUACGGGCGUUUGUGGCGGAUCGAUACCAGUUUUCGAUGAAAUAGUUCUAUCGAUGGAGCUAAUGAACGGCAUAGAAUCCAUUGAUGAGUAUUCCGGGGUUUUACAAUGCGAAGCGGGAUGCAUUCUAGGGGUGUUGGAGGAGAAGCUUAGCCAGAAGGGAUUGAUCAUGCCACUUGAUCUGGGUUCGAAAAAUUCCUGCCACAUCGGAGGCAACGUGGCUACCAAUGCUGGUGGAAUACGUCUGAUGCGAUACGGUAAUUUACAAGGGUCAGUUCUCGGAUUGGAAGCAGUCAAAGCGGAUGGGACGGUAUUGGAUUUGAUGUCUCGUUUCCGUAAGGAUAACACGGGGUAUCAUUUGAAGAACAUAUUCAUCGGAUCGGAAGGAACCUUGGGUGUGAUGACACGAGUUGCAAUUGCUUGCCCGCCAGCCCCAACCACACAGAACGUGCUAUUUUUGGGCGUCCAGAACUACGAAUCGGUACUGAAAACUUUCAUCGAAUGUAAAAAACGACUUGGGGAAAUUUUAACCUCGUGUGAACUGAUCGAUAAGGAUGCGUUGCAGUGUUGUAUAGAGCAUUUGAAGCGAUCAUCACCGAUAGAAGAAUAUCCUUUCUAUAUGCUAAUUGAAACCACGGGUCGGAAUGUUGAACACGAUGAGCAGAAGGUGAAUGAUUUUCUGAAGCAAGUUUUAUCUUCUGGAAUCGUUGCGGAUGGAGUUGUUGCGAAUGAGCCUUCGAAAGUAAAGGAUCUUUGGCAACUGAGGGAACGUAUACCGGACGGAACAUUCAGUAAUAACUUUUGCCUCACGUAUGACUUGUCGCUGCCCCUGGGUAACUUCUACGAUAUUGUGCCGGCAAUGAAAACACGCGUUGGACAUUUGGUAAAAGUGGUCUGCGGCUUUGGACAUAUAGGCGAUUCUAACAUCCAUCUCAACAUUGCUGGAGACGAAUUAACACCCGAAAUUCGACAGCUCGUGGAUCCUUACGUUUACGAGUUCACGUCAAAACUCAGAGGAAGCGUUAGUGCCGAACACGGAAUUGGUCUUUUGAAACCCAAAUAUCUGAAGUAUUCCAAAACAAACGAAUCAAUACGAUUGAUGCAGCAGAUAAAGGCCUUUAUGGAUCCCAACGGCAUUCUUAAUCCCUAUAAAGUGAUAUCUAACUGAUGGUUUGAGCAUUCUACAUUCCAAUUUGAAAAAUUAACCAGCGAUGAAUAAAUAUUCCAGUUAUAUUGUACCUUGUGCAACUUGGCGUUUAUUUUUCUAUGUCUUUACAUCCUGUGACAGUCGGUAUGUACAUGCUAUUGUCCCUCACAUACUGAAUACAAAACUUGCAAUUUGCCGCCUUCCAUACAUCCAAACAAGAGAAGAACACACAAAUUCUUGCU